AGCCGGGCUGCAGAGCUCAGUGCAGUGUGGAGGUCGUUGGAGUCACAAGCGCACUGCCACCUUCUGUGCCUGCCCGUCUGCGCUCCGCCCGCCCCAGCCAUGCUCUCCGCCCUCGCCCGUCCCGCCGGCGCCGCUCUCCGCCGAAGCUUCAGCACCUCAGCCCAGAACAAUGCUAAAGUAGCCGUGCUUGGGGCCUCUGGAGGAAUUGGGCAGCCCCUCUCACUCCUCCUGAAGAACAGCCCCCUUGUGAGUCGCCUGACCCUCUAUGAUAUCGCUCACACACCUGGGGUGGCUGCAGAUCUGAGCCACAUCGAGACCAGAGCAACUGUGAAAGGCUACCUCGGACCUGACCAGUUGCCAGACUGCCUGAAAGGCUGCGACGUGGUAGUGAUUCCGGCCGGAGUCCCCAGAAAACCAGGCAUGACACGGGAUGACCUGUUCAACACCAACGCAACAAUUGUGGCCACCCUGGCUGCUGCCUGUGCCCAGCAUUGCCCUGAAGCCAUGGUCUGCAUCAUUUCCAAUCCGGUUAACUCCACCAUCCCAAUCACAGCAGAAGUCUUCAAGAAACACGGAGUGUACAACCCCAAUAAGAUCUUCGGUGUGACAACCCUGGACAUUGUCAGAGCUAACACUUUUGUUGCAGAGCUGAAGGGUUUGGAUCCAGCCCGGGUCAGCGUUCCCGUCAUUGGUGGCCAUGCUGGGAAGACCAUCAUCCCCCUGAUCUCUCAGUGCACCCCCAAGGUGGACUUUCCCCAAGACCAGCUGACAGCGCUCACUGGACGGAUCCAGGAGGCGGGCACCGAGGUGGUGCAGGCUAAAGCUGGAGCAGGCUCUGCCACCCUGUCCAUGGCCUAUGCUGGUGCCCGCUUUGUCUUCUCCCUCGUGGACGCCAUGAACGGCAAGGAAGGAGUCGUCGAGUGCUCCUUCGUGAAGUCCCAGGAGACAGACUGCACCUACUUCUCCACGCCCUUGCUGCUGGGGAAAAAGGGCCUGGAGAAGAACCUGGGCAUCGGCAAAGUCUCCUCCUUUGAAGAGAAGAUGAUCUCGGAGGCCAUUCCUGAGCUGAAAGCCUCCAUCAAGAAGGGAGAAGACUUCGUCAAGAACAUGAAGUGAGGUGCGGGCGACAAGCAGCGGCUUCCUUAACUUAUGACGGCAUCGCCUCGCCAGAAAGCGGUUCCGAUGCCUUGGGUUUAAUUUGCUUCGAUGAUGGUUAUUGUAUCGAUGUUAUCAUCCCUUCCAAAUUGUGGCUGGUCUAUUGGUGCAACAAUAAAAGCAGACUUUGAUUUUCUUUCUCAA